AUGUCGCAGCUGCUUGCCGGUACGACCUCGACAUCAAUACCUUCACGGCCCAUUCGACAGGCUCUCCUUCAACCCUGGCACACAGUGGAUUUGUUGGAACGGGGCCCGUACCCAGACCUCAAACGCAAGCUCAACGUCGAGACUGGCAACUUGGCUCAAGCCAUCGAUUCUGCUGCAAGCCUGCGCAUCGUAAUUGGCCUCUCUGAUGUCGAAGAUGAGUGGUGCUCCCGCUCGCUGGGACGUCUCUACGAGUUUUUCAAAAUUCCUGAUGAGUUUACUUCAGAGAGGGUGCAAUAUAUCCCAACUCAAGGCGCGGGACUAGUCGGGGCGGUGCGGUACUGGAAGGCCGGCUUCUUCAUACGGAGAUCAGCUUCCUUGGGAACGACUCUUGUGUGCUUUGCACCCCUACCUGAAGUUCUGGAAAGGCUGGAGCUGUUCAUAGACAGCCCCUCGUGGUCCACAGCCUGCAAAACGCCCUACAUCUUAUUCAACGUGAUCCUGGGUGCUCUAUUUCUGGAAGUUGACGAGAUGGUCUGGACGAUGGGUACCAUUUUCAAUGGGCUCGAAAGGGAAAUAACCGAUCAUGUCGAUGGAGCAUCCAAUUUCCGGAAACAACAGUACUACAAGCCACCGUUUGGCACACUUCAUCGUUAUGCUAACGAUCUUGCCUACCUCAAGGAGACGAUAGAAUCCAACCUGCUCGUCGCCGAAGCCAUGCUAGAUCGCACGAGGAAAAGGAAACUUGAUAAUCCGGCACAGGACAAGCUGCCACCAACGGAGGAGGAUCUUCUCGAAGAAGGCUUGCUAUAUCACCGAUCGCUAUUUCGCUCAACGCAGCUGCGCCUCUGCAGCCUGGACAAGCGCAUCCAGAACGCCAACAACCUCGCCUUUAACAUGGUGACACAACAAGACUCGCUCAUCAUGAUGCAGGACUCGGCGUCGGUGGCCAUCUUGUCUACGGUGGCAGCUGCGUUCCUGCCCAUCACGUCCAUCGCUACUGUAGUUGGCAGCCAGCUUUUCGACACCCGCCAGGAUAACCAAGGCAAUUGGACCAUCGUCGCGAAUCCGCUGAUACGCUACCUCUAUAUCAUUGGUAUCCCACUUACACUCGUCGUCUUUAUUGCCUCCUAUCUCUGGUCCAUUCGGCAUCCUAUGAGUGCCAACACUUGGAUGAAAUCAUGUUUCAAGCUUCGACUUCGAAGUGGCGACGUCAAGCGGAGCUAG